AAGUCUGGUUUAUAUAUUUACCUGCUGCAGUGAGAAGUGCCACGAAUAAGUAAAAAUGAAUAAUAACUGGACGGGAUUGGAUAAAUAUUAUACGGAUCCGUCUUUAAAGGACAUCUACAACACAUUACUGAACGAGGAUUUAUCGGAUUGUGUGGUACUUGCUCGAAACGUGUUAAGUAAAACUAACAAUUGGUUGAUAUUCCAAUUUUGUGAGAAAUCGACGUCUGUAUCUCGAAGCUUUCUGGAACGUGGUUUGAUUUAUUUUAGGCGUUAUUACGACGCUGAACAAGCAUUAUUGGCGUUUAAUAACGCACUUACGUUUGCACCAAUUAAUUCUGAUGUUAUGCAAUUAGCAUAUUGUAGCAGAGCGGAACUUUGUUUAUGCUUUCCUAUUACAUUUUCUUUAAGUCUAAAUAAUAUUGAUACUUGCCUUGCACUGGAUUGUCCACGAGGUAUAGUUCAUAAAUUAACGGAGAUGAAAUCUACAGCCAGUGAAUUAUUAUACAUCGAAAGAGAAGCAUUGGAAUAUACAUCUUCUCCGUUUGUUGACAAUUUCUUCAAGCUCAAGAGCAUCAAUGUUGACGCACCGUGUGCUACUCCAGAUGUAGACGUUAUAGUCGAAUCAGGACAAGUUAAAGUAGUUGCUGCUAAAGAUAUCAGAGUGGGGACGCUUCUCGUAAACGAAACUGCCUUUAUGGCUGCGACUCAUUCAAAAAAUGUGACAACCUCAUGCCAUUAUUGUCUUCGCAUGUCACCCGAUUCUAUACCUUGUGAAGGAUGCUGUAAAGCUAUGUUCUGUGAUGAAAACUGCAAAGAAAAAUCUAUGUCGGAGGGUCACGAUGUUGAAUGUAAAAUUGUAGAUAUCAUAGUGGAUGAUAUAAAAUUACCCUUCCAAACUGUUCUUAAGAUACGUCGGUUGUGUAGCUCUUGGGACGAAUUUAUUGCCGUGUCUAAAGAUUUGGGCGCUGAUGGCGAGAAAAAUGAAAUUACAGCAAAGAUCUUCGGUUCCAAUAAGUUUUCUGUGUUGAAACCACGCGCUGACAAUCCAUUUGUCCACGGUAGAAUGUUUAAUAGAUGCAUGUGCAUCGUUAAUAUAAUUCAUUAUUUGGAAACGAGAACGUCAUUCUUCCCAGAAUGUUCCGAAGAGAGGGAAGCAGCCAUACGUGCAGUGGCCCGGAUAUUUCUAUAUCUCUGCCUGUAUUGUACACCGGUACGAAUGUUACAUGUAACUCAUUGUGCCAAGGUCGAACUGCACAAUUUCACGAACCGAGGAUACUUUCCGUUGAUCGGGAACUUGGAUCAUUCCUGUACACCAAAUACAUACGUGAUUGGGCUUCGAAACAGUGCAGCACUGUUCGCUUUAAAACCAAUAAAAAAAGGAGAGCUACUAACAUUCAGUUACAUAGGUCAUUAUCUGGAAACUGAAGAAUAUGGAAAGGAGCGUGCAACAAAAUUAUUACACGAUUAUGGGAUUGCGUGCAAAGACUGUGUUAUCUGUGAAAAUAAUGUUCCACUAACGCAAAACCUGAAUCCAGAACAGUUGGAAGCCUUCAGAAGUAUGCCCAGGGGACAAAUUGAGGAGAAUACUAAAAAUAUUUAUAAGGAAAUAUGUCGAGUUAUGUAUUUGCUAAAUUCUGUUUCAUUCUCUAAGGAGUACGAUGAAGCAUACAUAGAAUUUAUCAGAUGUGUAAUGUUCUUCGUACGCAUCAACUAUAGAAAUGAUUAUUUAAAAACUUACGAAGAAAAUAGAUUGUUAAUACCGUUAACAACCAGCAUCUAAGCGCGGUUUAGCUCAAAACUUGCUCAAACCCGUGCAGACGACCUAUUAUUAUCUCUGAAACAUGUUAUUUACUUAAAACUUUAGAGAAUUUCCUAAUUAUUAUAAUCAUAGCUAUACAUGAUUAUCACUACUUACUACACAAUAUUCUUUGCAUUAUUAAAUGUUUAACCUAU